AUGUACGCAGUUGAACCGAGGCGCCAGGCUAAACACGGCGACCCUCACCACAACGUCGAGUCGGGGGAACUUGAUCGUGUCUCCAAAGAUGUCGGCAAUCCUUCAUGGAAAAGCUACUUGUGGGAUUCUUGGGACAAGGGCCCCGAGGAACGUCGGCUUAUCCUCAAGCUGGACCUUACGCUCAUGACAUUCGGGUGUCUCGGGACUUUUAUAAAAUACCUUGACAAGUCGAACCUGCAGAGCGCCUUCGUGAGUGGCAUGAAGGAGGAUCUUUCUCUCUAUGGAAAUGAGCUCAACUAUGCAAACACGGCAUAUCAGGUGGCCAAUGUACGUCUGCUCCCCUCAUGUAUCGCUGGGAAGGACACGGCUGACGCUGAUGACCAGAUGGUUGCCCUCUGGCCCACGAACCUGGUCCUCACCCGCGUCAACCCUAGAUGGUUCAUCCCAUUCUUGGAGAUGGCAUGGACCCUGAUGACAUUCAUGCAGUCCAUCAUGAAGACACCAGCCCAGAUGUAUGCCCUCCGUGCCAUCCUGGGCGUCUUUGAAACAGGCCACUACUCGGCCAUUGUGUACCUCUGCGGCUCAUGGUACAAGAGGAACGAGCUGGCGCGCAGACUGGCCAUCAUCAACAUCACCACUGCCAUCGGGCCCAUGUUCUCGAGCUACCUGCAAGCGGCGGCCUACAGUGGGCUGAACGGCGUGCAAGGUCGGGCGGGUUGGCAGUGGCUCUUCAUAAUCGAUGGUAUCAUCUCCGUAGGCGUCAUCGUACCUCAGGUCUUCUUCUACCCGGAUGUUCCUGCGCGGCAGAAACCAGAUCGUCUCUUUACAGAGCGGGAUAUUGAACUCGCCAGGAACCGGAACCCUCUCGAAGGCCGUGUGCGACAAGGGGCGUUUACAUCGAGGCAGAUGAAGAGAUGGUUUCUGACACCGGAUAUUUGGAUGCUAUGGGUCAUUUCUUUCUGCAACUCCGUCGUUGACCAACCUCUGAAUUCGAUGGCCUUUUGGCUGAAAGCCUGGAACGAGAUCAAACCAGGGUCCUACACGGUGCCGCAGAUCAACAACUAUACCACCGGUAUCCAGGCCGUCAUUGUCGUCGUGACGUUGGCAAUGGCCUGGUCCAGCGAUACCUGGCUCCGCGGCCGCCGCUGGCCCAUGCUAGUGCUGGGGGGAAGCGUCAGCGCCGUUGUCUGCGUCAUCCUCGCCAGCACCCCCGUGUUCCCAAGUAACCGCGCCGGACGUUGGGUCCUGUACUACCUCUCGGGAUUCUGUCAGGCUAGCAAUUCCAUGUUCUGGGCCUGGACACAGGAAACACUGUCCGGCGAUCCGGCCACGAGAGCGUUUGCGUCGGCAGGACUGAAUGUCUGGGCGUCUCUCGCUGUCGCCGUCAUCCCACUGGGCCUCUUCCAGACAGUUGAUCAACCUGCCGUUGUCGCCGGGAACUAUGGUGCAGCCGGCUUCGCGCUUCUGCACGUCGUCACGGCUCUAGCACUGGCCUCUCUUCAACAUCGUCGGGGGAGGCUUUCUGUCAUUCCCGCCCCGGAGAUAGCCCCUGGUCCUUCCGCAGAGGACUCGACCCGCGAGGUGGAUCGUUCCACCGAGACGCACCCUCAGCCCAAGGCGCACGCCGUGUCUACCAUCCAUGAUUCCGGAUAUGUUACCGAGUCCGGGUCGGGCUCAGCAGCACACUGA